AUGGAUGUGUAUGCACUUGGAUGCAUAAUAUUUGAAGUAUAUACAUCCCAACGUGUUUGGCCAGACAUAAAAAGUCCUGCACAGUUGAUGGGAAAUAAUUUUCACAAUGAAUAUCCACCAACAGCAAAGCUUGAUGAACGCCCGCACAUAAAGGAAAUUGUAGAUUCCUGCUUCAAGGAGCCAGAAGAAAGACUUGGAAUGGACAAGUUGACGAGUUGUUUGGACGCUCUUGUCAACAAAUAA